ACGCGCGCGCGCCGAGCUCCGCCAUCAACCAGUCGCAUUUCGACGUCGUUGCGCUCGGUCUGUGUCUCGUUUAUCGGCGCGCAUCUGUCAAACGCUACGAUAUCGAUAUAAAAGUCUCACGUUAUUCAUAAAGUGUGAAAUGUUGGGAUAGUUGACGGUAACACCCGUGAGAGCUAUGGCGCGCACAGUGCUGGGAGGCGGCGUGCUGCUUUGCGCGCUCAGCGUCGUGCUACAGACGCGCGCGCUUACCUUAUUGCCGCACGACGUGCGUCCCGGCCAUGCCGUCAGACAUUUUGUGGGCAACCACUCAAGAUACACGCUUCUAGAUCCUGAGUACGCGCCCUAUUUUACACUCCUCGAUGACGGCCUACUUAUGACUACAGCUGAUCUAACACCGCUACUCAAUCAACCUGUCAAUUUGGCCAUACUUGAGCAAACUCCUUAUAGUAGUGCAGCUCAUGCCAUUCAUCUCCUAGUUAUGGACCGACGUCAAAUGUUGCAGUUCACGUCGGGAUUAUUAAUAGGAGGAAUCUAUGAAAACAAUCCACCAGGCACUACAGUUGACCUUCCACCCAUUAGGGCUACGGCUCUUAUCGAUGUGGGUCCACUAGCAUAUAAAAUCAUCAAAGGAAAUGAAAAUUCUGUAUUUUCCCUAAGACAGAAAGGAAAAACAGACACGAAUCCCGAAGUAAAGUCAGUUGUAACGGAUGGUGACGUGGAAAUCGUAGCUAAUAAACCAUUAGAUACUGAGACGAAAAGCUGGUAUGAACUUGUCAUUCAAGCUACUGACCUUCAUGGAGUGAAUAAAGCUAGUCUUCCAGUAAGGGUAGACGUAGGUAAUGAAAAUGACCAUGAACCACGUUUUGAGCAAGAUGUUUAUUACUUUAUUGUGAAUGGAACUACUGAUGAAAAUGGUCCAAAUGGAACUGCACACUGGCCGAGAUUUUCAAAUAUUGGUCAAGUUCAAGCUACCGAUGCUGAUAAUGAUCGAGUGUACUAUUCAUUACAAACACCUAGUAAUUUGGUAGUAAUAGUUCCUCAGACUGGAGAACUUAUAUUGGCAGGCGAACCAGAUACCCGUGAAGCGGAGUUGAGUGUGAUUGCUCAUGACACAGGCUUCCCACAGCUUAAAAGUCGCCCUGCAAAAGUUUACCUUGGGUUUAUAGUUCGCGACCAAAGAGAUUUACCAGUUCUGCAUCGUGAAAAGCGUCGUGUGACAAGAGCUGUUAGACCGACGAAGAGGAUUGAAUUUACUGAGGCCGAUGGUGAAGUAGAGGGACGUGCUGUUUUUACGUUAGAAAAAGAAACUGACCGCGAGACUUUCAAAAUUAGGGACGAAAAUCCGUGGGUUACCGUGGAACCAAGUGGUGUAGUGAAAGUUAAAAAGAAGUGGGACUAUGAGGAACUCGGACCUGAGAAGACCAUCGAUUUUUGGGUGACCAUCACCAACGCAGGAAAUGGAGAUACGGACAACCAGCGAGUGAUAAUCCACGUGAAGGACGUGAACGAUGAGCCUCCUUACUUCAUCAACCGGCCGUUGCCGAUGCAGACUGUCGUGCAGCUCAAUGCUGCUCCUAACACCCCUGUCUUCACUCUACAAGCUCGGGACCCUGAUACCGACCACAACAUCCAUUACUUCAUCGUUAGAGACAGAACUGGAGGACGAUUCGAGGUCGAUGAGCGGUCAGGUGUAGUGAGGACACGAGGAACCGAUCCCUUCCAACUGGACAUGGAAUACGUACUGUACGUCAAGGCUGAAGAUCAGAAUGGUCGUGUCGAUGAGCGAAGAUUCCAGUCAACUCCUGAGGAGCGGCUCAGCAUUGUGGGUGGCAAACGAGCUCCUCAGUUCUACCUGCCUAGCUACGAAGCUGAAAUCGCUGAAAACCAGAAGAAGGAUUCAGAUAUCAUCUCGGUAAAAGCCAAGUCUUUCGCUGACCGCGAGAUUCGCUACACGUUGAAGGCUCAAGGCCAGGGCGCUGGUACCUUCAACAUUGGACCCACAUCAGGAAUCGUGAAGCUGGCUAAGGAACUGGACUUUGAAGACUUGAGACAACCACACGUGUACUCCCUGGUGGUGACUGCUACCGAAGAUUCUGGUGGAUUCUCUACUUCUGUUGAGCUAACGAUUCGCGUGACAGACGUAAACGAUAACGCGCCAAAGUUCGAGUUACCCGACUACCAGGCGCACAACGUCGACGAAGACAUUCCAUUAGGCACCAGCAUACUCAAAGUCAAGGCAAUGGAUGCUGACUCCGGGAAAAAUGCCGAAAUCGAGUAUUUAGUUUCAGACGAUCACUUCAGCGUGGAUUCGAACGGCAUCAUCACAAACAACAAGCAACUGGACGCGGAUAACAACAACGCUUACUAUGAGUUUGUAGUCACAGCUAAGGAUAAAGGUGAACCAGCUAAGACCGGAACAGCAACCGUCCGAGUUUAUACCAAGAACAAGAACGAUGAGGAACCUAAAUUCUCUCAGCAAGUGUACACUCCCAAUGUCGAUGAAAACGCUGGACCUAACACCCUGGUCACGACUGUAGUAGCUUCUGACAAAGAUGGUGACAACGUACGCUUCGGCUUCGUCGGCGGCGGCACCAGCUCCGGCCAAUUCGUAAUCGAAGAAAUCACCGGUGUCAUCCGACUACACAAUAAGGCCAUAUCACUUGACAGAGACAAAUACGAACUCAAUGUAACCGCUAUGGAUGACGGCGCGUGCUGCGUUAACGGCGAUGCUACAAUCCACACCUCCACAGCUGUCGUAGUCGUAUUCAUCACUGACGUAAACGAUAACAAACCAAUAUUCAAAGACUGUCCUACUUACUUCCCUAAAGUGGAAGAAGGCGCUCCAAACGGUAGUCCUGUUAUCAAAGUCCACGCCACAGACGAAGAUAAAGGCGUCAACGGUCAAGUCAAAUAUUCAAUCGUACAACAACCAAAUCAGAAAGGCACCAAAUUCACAGUCGACGAAGAAACUGGUGAAGUAUCGACUAACAAAGUGUUCGACCGAGAAGGCGACGAUGGUAAAUUCGUAUCAGUGACGGUAAAGGCAACGGAUCAGGGAGAACCUUCCCUAGAAGGUGUUUGCUCAUUCACCGUUGAGAUCACCGAUGUUAACGACAACCCACCACUGUUUGACAGACAAAAAUAUGUGGAGAACGUAAAACAAGACGCCAGUAUUGGCACGAACAUAUUGCGAGUGUCCGCAUCUGACGAGGACGCCGACAAUAACGGCGCCAUUGUUUAUACUUUGAGCGCGCCCUAUAACCCUGCUGAUAUUGAGUAUUUUGAGAUCCAGCCCGAAUCGGGUUGGAUCGUUUUAAAGAAGCCUCUCGACCGGGACAGGUACCGACUGCGCGUGCGCGCCUCCGACAGAGGCGACCCGCCCUCCUCCGCAGACGUGGACGUUGAAUUAGACGUGGUAGACAGGAACAAUAAGCCCCCCAUCUGGGACAUGACCACGUAUGGCCCCGUUCACAUCAAAGAGAAUGUCACAGUGGGUACCGUAGUGACCAGUGUGAAAGCCAGUUCGGGCAUUGAGAACAACCCGACCGUGUUUUAUCGGCUCAUGCCCGGCUCCACGGCCCAGACCAACAAAUUCCACACAUUCUAUUUACAACAAAGGGCAGACAACGGAUUUACAUGGGCCGAUAUAAAAGUUAACCACCCACUCGACUACGAGAGUAUCAAGGAGUACAAUCUUACCAUCCGAGUGGAGAACAACGGCGCCCAGCAACUGGCUUCCGAAGCGACGGUGUACAUCAUGCUCGAAGAUGUGAACGACGAGAUCCCGCUGUUCACUGAGCGGGAACAAGAGACGGUGUUGGAGGGCGAGCCCAUCGGGACCAAGGUGACGCAGGUCAACGCCAUCGACAAGGACGGCACAUUCCCUAACAACCAGGUGUACUACUACAUAGUGGAUUCUCCGCGGAACGAAGGCAAGGACUUCUUCGAGAUCAGCAUGCAGACUGGGGAAAUCUUCACGAAGGUGGUGUUCGACAGAGAGAAGCAGGGGGCGUACGCGCUGGAGGUGGAGGCCCGCGACGGAGCACCCUCGGCGCGGCCCAACUCCGACAACCAACACAACUCAGUGACUAAAUUCAUCCGCAUCGGGAUCGCUGACAAGAAUGACAACCCACCGUAUUUCGACAAAGAGCUGUACGAGGCGGAGGUCGACGAAAAUGAAGACAUCCAACACACCGUACUCACCGUCACCGCCAAAGAUCACGAUGAAUCGUCGCGUAUUCGAUACGAGAUCACGAGCGGGAACAUAGGCGGCGCGUUCGCCGUCAAGAACAUGACUGGCGCCAUCUACGUGGCAGGCGCGCUCGACUACGAAACUAGGAAACGGUACGAGCUGAAGUUGGCGGCGUCUGACAAUCUGAAGGAGAACUACACGACCGUGGUGAUCCACGUGAAGGAUGUGAACGACAAUCCGCCCGUGUUCGAGCGGCCCACCUAUCGCACGCAGAUCACUGAAGAAGACGACCGCAAUCUGCCGAAACGAGUGCUUCAGGUCACAGCCACGGAUGGCGACAAAGACCGACAGCAAAAUAUUGUAUAUUUCCUCACCGGUCAGGGCAUCGACCCCGACAAUCCUGCCAAUAGCAAAUUCGACAUAAAUCGUACAACAGGCGAAAUAUUCGUCCUGAAACCUUUGGAUCGCGACCAGCCUAAUGGACGACCGCAAUGGCGAUUCACAGUAUUUGCGCAAGACGAAGGAGGCGAGGGUCUCGUGGGAUACGCAGAUGUUCAAGUCAAUCUUAAAGACAUUAAUGAUAAUGCUCCAAUUUUCCCUCAAGGCGUAUAUUUCGGUAAUGUCACAGAAAAUGGCACAGCUGGUAUGGUCGUUAUGACUAUGACAGCCAUCGACUAUGAUGAUCCGGCAGAAAGUAAUAACGCGAAACUUUGGUAUUCUAUUGAGAAAAAUGUCAUUGAGGAAGAAACCGGCUCACCUAUAUUUGAAAUUGAACCUGAAACUGGUGUUAUAAAAACUGCAGUAUGUUGUCUCGACCGAGAAAGGACGCCGGAUUAUUCGAUACAGAUAGUAGCAUCCGAUGGUGGGGGGUUGAAAGGAACCGGUACAGCAUCCAUUAGAGUAAAGGACAUCAACGAUAUGCCACCGCAGUUCACCAAAGAUGAAUGGUUCACUGAGGUCGAUGAAACCGAUGGAACUAAUUUACCUGAAAUGCCCAUCUUGACAGUAACUGUUCAUGAUGAGGACGAAACUAAUAAAUUUCAAUAUAAAGUUAUUGAAAAUAGUGGAUAUGGUGCUGAUAAGUUUACUAUGGUUAGAAAUAAUGACGGCACUGGUUCGUUAAAAAUUGUACAGCCUUUAGAUUAUGAAGACCAAUUACAAAGUAAUGGCUUCAGAUUUAGGAUACAAGUUAAUGAUAAAGGAGAAGACAAUGACAACGAUAAAUAUCACGUAGCUUAUUCGUGGGUAGUUGUUAAGCUUAGAGAUAUUAAUGACAAUAAACCUCAAUUUGAAAGAGCUAACAUAGAAGUAUCAGUAUAUGAAAAUGCUGAAGUUGGAAAGAGCUUAGAAACAUUUAAAGCAACUGAUCCAGAUCAAGGAGGAAAGAGCAAGGUAUCGUAUGCUAUUGAUAGGUCCUCAGAUAGAAAGCGUCAGUUUUCGAUUAACCAAGAAGGAACUGUAAGCAUACAACGGUCGUUAGAUCGAGAAGACACUCCUAGACAUCAAGUUAAGAUUUUGGCAAUUGAUGAUGGAGUACCACCAAGGACUGCAACAGCUACUCUGACAGUAAUUGUUCAAGAUAUAAACGACAACGCACCAACAUUCUUAAAAGACUAUAGACCUGUUUUGACAGAGCAUAUAACACCUAAAAAGGUGGCUGAAAUCUUAGCUACUGAUGAUGAUGACCGAUCUAAAAGUAAUGGACCGCCAUUCCAGUUCAGACUUGACCCUGGUGCAGAUGACAUCAUUCGUGCUUCUUUCAAAGUGGAACAAGACCAGAAAGGUGCUAAUGGUGAUGGUAUGGCUAUAGUUUCAUCGUUACGAUCCUUUGAUAGAGAACAACAAAAGGAAUAUCUUAUUCCUAUCAUUAUUAAAGAUCAUGGAAACCCUGCAAUGACUGGAACAAGCACCUUGACUGUUGUAAUUGGCGAUGUUAACGAUAAUAAGAUGCAACAAGGAUCCAAAGAAAUUCUUGUUUACAGCUACCAAGGUCAAGCACCAGAUACGGAAAUAGGUCGAGUUUACGUUUAUGAUCUUGAUGACUGGGAUCUUCCUGAUAAAAAGUUCUUCUGGGAAAGUUCAGAACAUCCAAACUUCACAUUAAACGAAGAAACUGGAAUGAUACAAAUGAGACACAAAACUAGGGAAGGUAGAUACCAUCUUAAAUUCAAAGUAUAUGAUCGGAAACAUACACAAACAGAUGUACCUGCAAAUGUUACAGUGUAUGUAAAAGAAAUAUCUCAUGACGCCAUUAUAAAUUCGGGUUCCAUCCGAAUAUCCGGAAUAUCUGAUGAAGAUUUCAUCAGAGUAUGGAAUUAUAAGACGCUCAGUGUGUCAAGGAGCAAAUUAGACAUUUUCAAAGACAAAUUGGCUGACUUGCUCAAUACCGAACGUGAAAACAUUGAUAUCUUCAGCGUUCAGCUCAGGAAGAAGCACCCUCCAGUCACAGAUAUUCGCUUUUCUGCGCACGGAGCUCAUUACUAUAAGCCUAUCCGAUUAAACGGCAUUGUGUUAAUGCAUCGUGAAGAAAUUGAGCGCGCCGUGGGAAUUAACAUCACAAUGGUCGGUAUCGAUGAAUGUUUGUAUGAAAAUCAGAUGUGCGAAGGGUCUUGUACUAACGUUUUGGAUAUCAGUAAUUUACCUUAUAUGGUUAAUGCAAACAAAACAGCUCUCGUUGGUGUCAGAGUUGACGUGAUCGCUGAGUGCACUUGUGGUGCCCGAAACUUCACGCAAGCAGAAACUUGCCGUAAUUCUCCUUGUUACAACGGAGGCAGGUGUAUAGAAGGUAAAUAUGGAUUGACCUGUUCUUGUCCUCCUGGGUACACAGGACCAAGGUGUCAACAAACAUCUAGGAGCUUUAGAGGCACUGGCUGGGCUUGGUACCCUGCCCUGGAAAUGUGUGACAGUUCACAUUUGAGCUUCGAGUUCAUCACGAGAAAGUCGGAGGGUGUCCUACUAUACAAUGGACCAAUUGUACCACCCGAGCCUGAAGAAAUAAUGGUAUCUGAUUUCAUUUCGGUGGAAUUAGAAAGGGGUAAUCCAAGACUUCUCAUUGAUUUUGGAUCCGGUACCUUGGAAUUGAGAGUCAAAACUAAGAAAUCACUGGAUGAUGGUGAAUGGCAUAGAAUAGACAUAUUCUGGGAUACAGAGAACGUCAGAAUGAUCGUAGAUUUCUGUAAAUCUGCUGACAUUCAAGAAAUGGAAGAUGGAACUCCACCAGAAUUCGAUGACUCCACCUGCCAAGCUUCUGGAACCAUCCCUCCGUUCAACGAAUAUCUAAAUGUAAAUGCACCACUCCAAAUUGGCGGUUUGUACAUAGAGCACUUUGACCCGACCCACUACCACUGGCAAUACAUGCCUAUUGGCAAAGGUUUUGACGGAUGCAUACGUAACUUAAUCCACAAUAGCAAGCUGUACGAUUUGGCGCAUCCAGGCUUAUCUCGAAACUCCGUGGCCGGUUGUCCCCAAACUGACGAAAUAUGUAAUCAAGCAGACACGACUUCACGGUGCUGGGAGCAUGGCACCUGUGUCGGAAGUUUCUCCGAAGCCCGGUGUCAGUGCCAGCCUGGUUGGACGGGACCGUCAUGUAACUUACCAACUACGCCUACCAGCUUCCGGCCUCAGAGUUAUGUGAAAUUCGCUCUAAGUUUCGAACCAGACAGGUUUAGCACACAAAUUCAACUGCGGUUUAGAACUCGCGAACCUCACGGCGAACUUUUUAGAGUUAGUGACCAACACAAUAGAGAAUACGGUAUACUUGAAGUGAAAGAGUCACGAUUACAUUUCCGUUACAACCUGAAUUCACUUCGUACUGAGGAGCGAGACGUGUGGCUUAACUCUGUGGCGGUAGAUGAUGGCCAAUGGCACAUUGCGCGUGUAAGCCGAUACGGAAGCGCUGCGAUGCUUGAAAUAGAUGGUGGCGAGGGAAGAAGGUAUAACGAGACAUUCUACUUUGAGGGCCACCAGUGGUUGUUGGUAGAUAAGCAGGAAGGAGUGUAUGCUGGAGGCAAAGCCGAAUAUACCGGUGUUAGGACUUUUGAAGUGUAUGCCGACUUCCAGAAGGGUUGUCUGGAUGACAUUAGGUUGGAAGGCAAGCACUUGCCGCUGCCGCCGGCGAUGAAUGGCACGCAGUGGGGCCAGGCGACGAUGGCCAGGAACCUGGACCGAAACUGCCCGUCCAACAGCCCGUGCAUCAACGUGCACUGCACCGAGCCCUUCGUGUGCGUCGACCUCUGGAACGAAUACGAAUGCACGUGUCCCGCCGGCUCGGUGCGCGCCGCCGGUACUUGUGUCAACGUGAACGAGUGCGAGGGCAGCCCGUGCCGGAACGGCGGCACGUGCGUGGACCGGGAGCCGGCGCGCCGCUACGACUGUGUGUGCGCGUUCGGCUACGCCGGCCACGACUGCGAGCUCGAGCUGCUCGCCUCCGGCAUCAUCACACCCUCCAGAGAUUUCAUUAUAGCUAUCAUUGUUUGUUUGUUCAUGCUUUUAGUCCUGGUGUUAGUGUUCGUGGUAUACAACCGACGCCGGGAGGCACACAUCAAGUACCCCGGCCCCGACGAUGACGUCCGCGAGAAUAUCAUCAACUACGACGAUGAAGGCGGCGGUGAAGACGACAUGACAGCCUUCGACAUCACUCCACUACAGAUACCCAUCGGCGGACCACUUCCUGAUCAUGCGCCUACUAAGUUGCCUUAUCCUGUAAUGGGUCUGGGCUUGGGAGUUGGUCCGAUGGGCGUGGGCGUGGGCGUCCCACCGGGUGUAGGCGUGGGCGUACCGCUUCCGGGGGAGACCAACGUGGGCAUGUUCAUCGAGGAGCACAAGCGGCGCGCUGACAGCGACCCCAACGCGCCGCCCUUCGACGACCUGCGCAACUACGCGUACGAGGGCGGCGGCAGCACCGCCGGAUCUCUCUCCUCGCUCGCAUCCGGUACCGACGACGAGACGCACGAGUACGACUACCUGGGCGCGUGGGGGCCGCGGUUCAACAAGCUGGCCGACCUGUACGGGCCGGACCUGGACGAGCAGCUGUAAGCGCCGAGCACCCGCCGCUAAUUUAGUCAAUUGUCUCCCAGUAUCGUACCACUAAGCCACUGUACCCCGCUGUAUCGGGCGCGACACUCGCUCACUCGCCCACUUUCGUUUUGUAAAUACACAAGCGCGGCCACGGCGCCGUGAGCGCGAGCCGCGGCGUGCGCCUCCACCCGCGCCUCAACUAACUCUUAUCAAUUUUAUACGACUUUAUUUAUUGUGGUAGACAUGUUAAGCUUAAGUAAUCGUUUAAGAAACCUAUUUAAUUGCGUAAUUUUUAUAAAGUUUAAACUACAUCUUCACCAAAUAUUUGAUAUAAGUUUUUAUUCGAAUUAGCCAUAUUAUGAGUCAGUAUUUUAUUGGAAGUUACGGAGUUGAAGAGAUUUCUGCGGCAGGGCCAGACGUGAAUCUGAACAGUGGGUGUUUGUAGAUAGUGUGCUAUAAAUGUGAAUAAUUUAUACGAGUAUUUUGUAAGUCCACAGCUUUACGUGAUAUCACUUAAUAUGGCGGCCCUCUCGUAGAAAUCGUUAGAGAAUAAAAGAAUAUGUUAUAUUUUAAUAAUGGUAGGUAACAUAAUACUUGAGGUGGUCCACUCGGACGUCGAGUUACAUAAUGCUCAUUCGAUAUUAUGGCAAGUUUAAACAUUGGGGUUGUAAAUACAAUAACACUCUAGAAACAACUGCCCCCGAUUUUAAUUAAACGUGAAACUAUUAAUUUAACUUUAACGUGUAAGCGAACUGUACAGUAACCGGUGUUCCUCUCCUAAUGUCUCCGUGUAGUGCUAGUUAAAUAGUAUUUGGAAACGACUACGGUCUACUCGUAACAUUAGGUAACUAAUAGUAGUCAUGGUCGCGGGAGUUUUCGUUUGCGUGUGAGCGUGAGUGUAUUUAUGAGUGUGUGAAAGCUGUAGGUAUGUAUGAGAGUGCGUGCAAGCGACAUAUGUCGAGCGUGGCUGAGCGUGUGUGUCGAGGAGCGCGCCGCGUGAAGCCGGGCGUGCAGUGAGCGUGAAGCGAGCGUGCAAGCUGCGUACACGCCGCGCCUGGCUCCCGCCGCGCGCGGAUAUGAGUGGGACUGUGCCAAUUUCUUAGCAUUAUCGAUGCAGCUAAUGACGGUAGAGUUAAGUGUUUGCACUUUAUUUAUUCGUAUGAUUACAUAUAAAUUUAGUCGCACCUAGGAAAAUAUCAAUAACUUAUUAAGAGUGUUGUGCUAGAAUACUAUUUCCAUCGGUCUUGAUGUGAGAUAGUUGUUGAAACCUGUAGAAGUCAUUAAUUUAUAAAUUAAUUUUUAAGAAUUUAUAGUAAAAUAUAAUAAUAAUAAAAAUGGUUUUAGAAACUGUCUCACUUCGACAUCGAGUUAUAAUCAGUGUAAAUUUUAGAAUAAUACUGAAUUAUGUUAAAAUGACUGAUUUUAUUAUGUGUUUGGAGCCUAAGAUUUUGUAGACUCGGUUUAAAUAGACUUCUAAUAACUUACCUAAUGUAAGUUCACCCUCUAGUUUGCACUAAAGACAAAUAAAUAAUUAAUAUUCAAGUACCUACAUCAAUAUUAAAGCAAUUCUCGUUAAUUACUAUUCAUGUAAGUAGGAGGUCAUAGUUAUUGUUUGAUUGAUAUCAUUACACUGCCAGUAUCAUACAUAUAGUCGAGUUACGAUAGCGAUUUGGGUCCGAUUUUAUAUUUCUGUCUUAUACAAGGGUAUUUGUAAGUUUUUGAACUAUUUUAUAUGCAGCGUUUAGUUCCCCGGCGAUGCGCGUGCGCGUCACUCGGUUCAGUUUCCUCGUCCAAGCUCUGCGCGUCUCCCAGUUAUUGUUAGUCGAGCAUUUAUUAUUGUAAGACCACGUCGACAGGUCUCGUUACUGUAUUCAAUUACGUACUUCUAGGUAGAGAAAGGAAAGCUACGAAGGAAGGUAAUUUGUUUAGUUCUAACUGAAUUGAAUGAGUUUGGAAAGGAUAGAUUUGAUACAGUUGGUUAGUUCUAGCUUGAAAUUGAGUACUUAUUGCUUUAGUCUGAACAAGUCAAUGACCUCGUCGAUGGCACCCCGCACUACGCAUCUCAAUGCUCAUCCCGCGUUCACUAGGACUGCAGAGCACACAAUCCCAGUACAAAAAAAUACUAAAUUGCGAUAACUCGCUAACGAACACCGAUUUUCGUUUUAUGUUAGACAUUAAUUAUUAAUUAUACGUAAUAUUAUACCUACACAUAUAGUAUGUUUUGUUUCAACUGUGAUUAAUUAGUUGUACAACUCUGACAAUUAUAAAAGAAUGAAUAAAAUAAUAAUUGAAAAAUA